AUGACUACUGGCUCUCUUUUCAACUGCAAGAAAGCUGCUCGGGUCAUCAUAGAGAAGUACUACACCCAUCUGGGCAAUGACUUCCACGUCAGCAAGAGGGUGUGUGAGGAGAUCACCAUUAUCCCCAGCAAACCUCUACAAAUCAAGAUAGCGGGGUAUGUGACUCAUCUGAUGAAGCGCAUUCAGAGGGGUCCUGUCAGGGGCAUCUCCAUCAAACUGCAGGAGGAGGAGAGGGAGAGACGCGAUAACUACGCCCCUGAGGUUUCCGCUUUGGAUCAGGAGAUUAUUGAAUUAGACCCAGACACAAAGGAGAUGUUGAAGAUUCUCGACUUUGGGAGCCUCUCCAACCUGCAGGUCACACAGCCAAGUGUUGGAAUGAAUUUCAAAACACCCAGAGGAGUCUAGAUG